AGAUUCGAAGCUCGGGGCGGCAGAGGUGUGGACAUCUCGACAGGCCCUGCAGGACCUGUACCAGAAGAUGCUGGUGACCGACCUGGAGUACGCCCUGGACAAGAAGGUGGAGCAAGACCUGUGGAACCAUGCUUUUAAGAACCAGAUCACCACGCUGCAGAGCCAGGCCAAGAACCGGGCCAACCCCAACCGCAGCGAGGUCCAGGCCAACCUGUCGCUGUUUCUGGAGGCCGCCAGCGGGUUCUACACACAGUUGCUGCAGGAGCUGUGCACCGUGUUCAACGUGGACCUGCCGUGUCGCGUCAAGUCGUCUCAGCUCGGCAUCAUCAGCAAUAAACAGAGCAACACCGGCGCCAUCGUCACCCCGCAGCCCAGCUCCUGCUCCUACAUCUGCCAGCACUGCCUCGUCCACCUCGGAGACAUAGCGCGUUACCGUAACCAGACCAGCCAGGCGGAGUCCUACUACCGACACGCAGCUCAGCUGGUCCCAUCCAACGGUCAGCCGUACAACCAGCUGGCCAUCCUGGCCUCGUCUAAAGGAGACCACCUCACCACCAUCUUCUACUACUGCCGCAGCAUCGCAGUGAAGUUCCCCUUCCCAGCAGCCUCCACCAACCUGCAGAAGGCCCUGUCCAAGGCUCUGGAGAGCCGCGAUGAGGUGAAAACCAAGUGGAGCGUGUCGGAUUUCAUCAGGGCCUUCAUCAAGUUCCACGGUCACGUCUACCUGAGCAAGAGUCUGGACAAACUGGACGCUCUCAGGGAGAAACUGGAGGAGCAGUUUCAGAGGCUGAUCUUGCAGAAAGCCUUCAGCUCUCAGCAGCUGGUCCACAUCACCGUCAUCAACCUGUUUGAGCUGCACCACCUCAGAGACCUGACGGCCGACGGCGGCGAGCAGAGCUACAGCAGCGAGCAGCAGAUCAGCUGGUUCCAGCUGCUCGGACUCUUCAUGUCCUUCCUGGGCGUCAUGUGCAGCCGCGCUCUGCUCAACAAGAACCGAGGGGAGGAGAUCAUGGGGGAGUGUCCUCUGCCGGCCAUUAAGGUUUCUCUGGACUGGCUCAAACUGAGACCCAGCGUCUUCCACGAGGCCGCUGUGGAUAAGAGGCAGCAUGUCUGGCCCUGGCUGGUCUCCAUCCUCAACAGUUUCCAGCCCAAAGAGGACGACGUGUCCUGUUCCUCAGCGACGCCCCUGCCAGAGGAGUUUGAGUUGCAGGGUUUCUUGGCGCUCCGGCCCGCUCUGAGGUCCCUGGAUUUCACUAAAGGUCAUCAGGGCAUCCUGGUGGACAGGGACGGCUUACCGGUCCACACUCGGCAUCAGAGACUCAUCAGUCUGGGCAAAUGGGUGGCCGACAACCAGCCGGGGCUGAUUCAGUGCAGAGUGAGCGAGGACGGCCUCCUCGUCUUCAUCACCGACAUUCCAGAGCAGGCCAUCGAGGAGCCGCAGGAGAAGGAGGCGCCGGUGCUGCAGGAGUCGUCCAACGGCGAGCAGACGGCCAACGACGGCGGGAACUCCGGCCUGAAGUCGGUGCUGUCGGCGGGGAAGACGCAGAGCUCGUGGCCCGACGGCAGCGACCGACCCGUCGUCACCUUCAAGGAGAACAUCAAACCCCGCGAGCAGAGCCGCGAGCCUACACGCAACCACCACCUGAAGGACAGCGGCAAGGAGCGCCGGGACUUUGCCAAAGGCAACGGGGCUGCUGGGAAAGGAGAGCUGAAGAGGGACGGGAAGAGGAAGAGUGAGCUGAAGAAAGCCGGACACGAGAAAAGCAGCGAUGCUGGAAAACAGGUGAAGGCGCAGACGGAGCUGAGGAAGACUCCGGUCUCUGAGGCGAAGAAGACUCCUGUCACUCAAACUCAAACCACCUGCUCCUCCCAGUUCAUCCCCAUCCAUCAUCCUGGAGCCUUCCCACCACUGCCCAGCAGACCCGGUUUCCCCCCCUCCGCCUACGUGAUCCCUCCCCCGGUGGCGUUUCCGGGGCUUCAGGUGAAUCCGGGCUUCACUUUCUCCACCGGCGUGUCCGUCCCCGGACCCUUCCUCCAGCCGGGCGUCCACUCCCAGGCCGGCUCUCAGGCCGGGAAGCAGUCCCACAUUCCCUACAGUCAGCAGAGGCCCUCCGGUCCCGGUCCGGGUCAGGGGCCGGGAUCCACGGGCCAGGGGCCCUCGCAGGGUCAGCAGCCACAGAACCAGCCGCCCUCCCAGCAGGCCUUGCAACAGUCGGUCCAGCUGCAGGUGCAGGCCAUGAGCCAGCAGCAGCAGUCUCCCACCAAGCCGGUGCAGCAGGUCGGGAUGGGGAAGAGUCCGCCUCACCACCCGGGACUGCAGCAGUACAUGCAGGUCCAGGAUCAGCCGGCGCAGAUGUGGAACCAGGCUCAGGCUGCCCUGCAGAAGAUGUCUCCCAUGCAGAUGUCCAUGAAGCAGCCUCAGCAGCAGCAGCAGGCCUUCUACAUGGCGGCUCAGGACCCCCUCAAACUGUACGAGCACCAGCUGCAGCCCCCCAGCAUGGACAAGAAGAUCAAGUACCCCAACGUCAAGAUGCAGGACUUCUACUGGGAGCCGUCCUACCGGAUAGGGGACGGCCUGGCUGUGAUGGCAGACAGGAUGAAGAGGCCUCCGCCGGGCGGUAUCUGUCCCGAGCAGGACCCCUCCGCUGGGCCCCGGGGGCCCCCGUUUGAGGACAACAAGCCGGUGUCUUCUACGCCGCCUGACCUGUUAAAAACCUCUUAGCAGAUUUUUAGGUGGAGGAGGAGGGAGCUCGUCUUUACUAAGCCUCCGUGAUUUCUUCCAGGCCUGGCCGGCCCCCUGGGCUCUGCUCCUGGACCAAACAUAUUUGUAUGUAGCUCUGUCUUCUGCCCAACCAGAGCCCGCAUGGAGAGCGGCCCGAGGUUCGUCGGCCAGUCCUCUUCUCUUCCUGGCCUAUGACUGGGUUCCCCCAUUGCAGCUUUUGAAUUACAACCAGAAGCAGCAUUCUUCAGCCAGGGCCUACGGCAAAACCUGCCGCCAGCUCCAGCCCGACGUUCCCGAUGGAUGCACCAGGAGCCGUCCCUCUACUCCCUUGUUCGAGGCACUCCCUGGUCCCUCCUCCCCGCCAGCUCAGGGUACGUCACACCUGCAAUCCCCUCAUCUCGUCCAACCAGCAGCCUGCCGCCUCCCCCCCCACACCACAACCACGGAGCCAUGCCCUUCUCUAACUUCGGGCCCAUAGGAUAAUCCGGCAGCCGGGACCGCCGGGUCGUGACUGGAAGCGACAAGACCGGAGCGGUCAGCGGGUUCGGUCUGGGACUACUGCGGCCGGCAAGCCUCAUCUGCAGCUUCAACACCAGCUGGCACCAGUGACCGGGCCGACGGCAGUCCUGGACCAAUCAGGAGUCUCCGAUGGAGGAGUCGUCUUCCACCGUGCUGCUCGACAGCCUCAAGUCGAUCUGGUCGAGCUCCAUGAUGCAGCCGGGCCCGUCGGCUCUGGAGCAGCUCCUCCUGCAGCAGAAGCAGAAGCAGCAGCGAGGUCACGGCGCCAUGAACCCGCCUCACUGAACGGCAGGCCGCGGCGGCACUUUGUGUCCGGACGUCAACAAAAAACCACCACCAGGAGAAAACGGGAGGAGAAAAAAAACAAGAAGUUUGACGAAGACGAGCUCCAACUAAAAUUAAACCGGUGAGAAACGGUGGAGGCUGGGGAGGCGACACGACCCCCCGACGAGGCUGUGGAGGAGCGGUGACACCCCUCCUGGACCGGAGGGCGCGGGAUCUCUUCAACCGUGGUGCCACGCGCCACGCCACCGCCGGGUUCCCUUCAACCCGCGGAAAUCUGAACAUUGAGGAACAUACCCCCCCCUCACCACCACCACUGCCCCCCCCCACGCCACAUCUCCGCUCUCAUCCGAAAGAACUUAAAAAAAAUAAAAUAAAGCCGACCUCCUGGACGUCUGCUCGGUCCGGUCGGAGCGCCGGUUUUUAGCGUCUCCGCCGCCGCAGACUGAAGCGGGGACGUUGUGAGAGAGCGAGGACGGUGCGGUGGUCGGAUUCAGGGGGGCGGGGGUCAGGUGAAGCAGCGGGGGUCAAUAUAGACUGGACUUUCUGAUCUCUCAUUCAUUUUCAUUACUGAGGAGGAGGAGGAGGAGGAGGAGGAAGGCUCUCUGUAGUUUAGUGGUUGAAUGAAGGAAGGAAAGGAGGACGGUGGGAGUUGGGACAGCUAUAUAAAUAUAUAAAUAAAUAUAUAUUGCCAUAGUUGGACUUUAAACGGACCUUGUCUCGUAGCCGUGUUGUGAGAACGCCGCCUGUGAAGCGAAGCGUCACCUGGACUGUCCGAAUCCUUUUUUUGAAGGAGGAGCCCGAGGGCGUGGCGGCGGUGACGGGACGGCUUCGUGGUGCCAGUAAACGUCACAGGAAGGGAAGAAGUACAAGAGAGGGGGGGCUAAGAACAUAAAAAGCCCGUCACACUUAGGGAUAGUAUUACCGUUAGCUUCAGAUUGCAGAUAUUAACAAAAAACUGUAUUUUGUGAUUUGUUCGUAGCAGUUUUAGCUUCACGCCCUCUGAGGUGAAUACAGGUAUGUCUAUUAGCUUCCUGCUUGAAUAUUUUCGGGGUUCUCUUCCUCUCCGGCCUCUUCUUCCUGUUAUUUCUUUACUUAAUGAAGAAAAAAAAAGAAAAGAUGUAACCCUGCUCGCUUACUUAACCUGCAUUUACUGUUUCUUUUUGUUCAUGUUCUGCCUUUUUACUAGUUUUAAGCAGCUCUGUCGGCUCUUGUGUGCCUGCUCACUGUCCCGUUACACUGACUGCUGUAAAGGUUAGCACGAGGCCACAGACAGACAGACAGACAGGCAGGCAGACAGGUAGGUGUAUACAGGUAGUUGGCUCAGCCUGAAUGUUUUCCACUAUGUUUCCUUCGAUAACCACUACCGCAGCUCGACCCUGUACAGCAGAUUUUUUUAUGAGUCGUAGCGUCCGGAAGCCCUGCAGCUCUUUUAUUUAACCUGUGACUGAAGCCCAUUUUCAACCUGAAGUACCCGGGAACUACGGAGCCACAUGAACCACACUCAGGAACUAAAAGCUGAUUUUUGUACAGUAACAUUUGCACCCCCCCCAACAACAGAUAAACCAGGAAAAGUAAGAAAAGAGUUGUAACAGAGUAGAAGAGUGAGACUUUGAGUUGUUCAGGGCGGUAACUAACUCUCUAAGUGAUUAAUACUUUACUUUAAAUGACGUCUUCAAAAAAAGUUUGUUUUUGAUCAGGACUGAAACCCGAACAUGGAAGAGAGUUUUUCCACUUUGGCUUCAAAAUAAUAAUCAAAGUUGUUGCCCAGUAAUUUAUCCACUGAUCAGUUUGACUCAGUUCUAUUAUUCGUCUAAAUAUUAAGUAGAAAAGCAGUUUGAGAUCCAGUUUUCUCACAAACUGAGUCUGUGUGUUGUUCCGGGCUCCAACUAACUCCGUCUCUCGAGUUAUUGAUUCAUACUUUAGUUUAAAAUGUAAUAAAAGUUAGUUUUGGAUCAGGUCCACAACGUGAUGAUCAGUAACGUGGCCCGUCUUUAUAACUGCAGCGCCGCCCUGUGGUUUGUUUUACAGUUAUUUAUUUCUGCUCUUUGCCCGAUGGUUCCUGGACCAUCUGACCCGAACCCGAUCGUUUAUUUAGGAACUAAAUGUAAAGUGUCCGAGUUCCUUAAAAAAGGUUCCUGAGUUCCUGAAAAGUUCCCGUGGUGGAAACGGGCUGAACGGCUCUGUUGGGUUUUAUUUUUGCGGUUUCACCCUCGUAGAGCAUUUACACGCCGUCGGUCCCGAUAGUUUUUGAGCCAAUCAGAAAGAAGCGAGUGACAGCUGACCAAUCAGGGCGCUCCGAGGCUCCGGCGCCACCCUUACGGGCUUCAGGCUUUGUGGGAUGUGACGGUUUAGACUGCAGCACUGUAAGUAACUUCCUGUCCAGUUUAAACCAGCAGAAAGCUGUUUUUCUACCUUCAAAGUAAAACGCCCAUCGUUUAGUUUCCAAGGGAUUAAAAAAAAUAAAAGCCUGUUUUUAUUUUCCCGCCGAGGGCCUUUUAUUAACGCAGACUUCAGAGACGUGUCUAUUUUCCGUGUGAUUGUGCUUUUCAUGUUGCAUUUACAAAAUGUAUUUGAAAAAUAAUAAAGAUAAAAUAUUAAUGAAUGUGAGGACGAAUUUGGCCAGAAGCGUCAAGGAGAGAGGGACAAGUGCAGUUUGUUUUCAUGUUAAAGCUGACCACGUGGAUCUGAGCUGGGUUCUGGUUCUGGUUGCCUUUGUGUUAUGUUUUUUGGAGUAAGAACAGAACGGACGGGGAUCUGUCGACGACAUUCCACUCUGGAAGAUGUUUGGGAGGUUUCAGACAGGAAACAUCAGAACUGAGCUGUGUUUCUGUCUCACUGGUGGAAUCAGCCUUUAAAUAAACGUAAACUAUGUUCUCCCUUAA